AUGGAUUGGACUCGUCAGGUGCUGCGCCCGUCAAUGAUUUCUGGCCCGUUGUCUCCUCUUCCUGUGUACGAGUUGUUUGCAGUCGUGUCGCACCUGGGCAAGCACGUGGUGGGAUGUCACUACACUUUAGUUUGCCGCGACAACAAAGACCAGUGGGAUCGUUACGAUGAUGAGCAUGUAACAUCGAUCUCGGAGGCUGCGGCGCUCAGUGAGACUGCUUACUUGUUGCUCUAUAUCCGUACAAGUAAACAGCCACCUGAACCGGUUGUAGUGCCACUCUCACUUUCAAGCUCCCCAUUUAUCAAGGCGACGAGCGUCAGUGCCCCAAGAUGCAAGAGCAGCAACCUCACCGGGAAAAAAGUUUUUGGUGGAAAGAAUCGGAAACAGCCCGCAUCUGCGUCAUCAGUACUCCCUCCGGCACCUCGACUGAUUCCAGGCAUGUCUCCAACAAAACAAGCCGUGGCAACAACAUCGAAGGCAAAGAAGUCUAGUAUGAAGAAAGCUUGA